CUUACCCAUAUCAGUCUACUUCGUCCCAGCUCAAGUAGUUUGUAAAUUUUUUAAAUAAAAAAGAGGAGAGAAAAAGAAAGCCACGAUGAGUAAUCCUAACGCUUCCGCUGCUAGCGGUCUUGUAAGUAAAAUUGAAGGACAGACGUUUACAUGCCGUAUGUUGGGAAUAAACAAUGCCAUGUAGUUCGAGGGUUGUACACACGACCGGGAAUGGUAACGAGAAAGAUAACAAAUGAUUUUAAAACCCCGAUAAUGAUGAUAAUGCCACCGUCAAUCUUGCUCACAUUCAAUUGCGUCUUUUUUGUGCGGGAUGGUUGUCGAUGCAUGAAAUUCAAAUACAUUUUUGUCAACAUAGUUUAUACAAGGAUCUCGAGAAUCCGGGGAGGAUGUAAGAGUGGGAAAUGUAACCGCUGUCGUGGCAUUGGCCAACAUUAUGAAAUCGUCCCUUGGACCGGUCGGUUUGGAUAAAAUGCUGGUCGACGACAUUGGAGACGUGACCAUUACAAAUGACGGAGCCACAAUUCUCGAACAAUUAGAAGUCGAACAUCCCGCGGCGCGCCUGUUGGUAGAUCUGGCACGCCUCCAAGACAAGGAGGUCGGAGACGGGACGACCUCGGUCGUGUUGUUAUCGGCCGAGCUUUUGAAACGUGGUCUAGGAGAUUUGGUUCAAAAACAGGGUCUGCACCCCACAACUAUUUUGGCGGGUUACAGGACAGCACUCAAGGCAGCAAUCGCGUACAUCAAGGAAAGUAUUCUGACCCCUAUCUCGUUACUGGAUUCAAAACACUUGUUGGAGGCUGCAAAAACAAGCAUGUCGUCCAAAAUCAUUGGUAAGGAAGGUAACUUUUUUGCGGAACUGGCUGUCGAUGCUGUCAAAUCGGUAGCUCACACGAAAGAAGUCAGCGGGAAGAAUGGAAUCAGAAAGAAGAAGACUAUUUAUCCAUUGAGCGCUAUCCAUAUUCUCAAGGUACAUGGAAAGUCGUCCUUGGAGUCAUACUUGAUGAAGGGAGGUUUUGUUUUGAAUGCCACGCGAGCAUCUCAGGGUAUGCCCACUUUUUUGGGAGACCCCGACGACGAGACAUCGGAAGUCAAAAUUGCACUAAUCGAUAUGAACUUGCAGCGCCACCGAAUGGCAAUGGGUGUAAACAUUCAAAUCAAGGACCCCAAAGAAAUCGAGCGUAUCAAACAGCGAGAACUAGAUUUGACGAAAGAAAAGAUCCAAAAGAUUCUGGACACUGGAGCGAAAGUAGUCUUGACUACAAAGGGGAUUGAUGAUACCUGCAUGAAAUACUUUGUUGAAGCCGGUGUCUAUUGCGCUCGCCGCUGUCCAAAGGAAGACUUGAAACGGCUUGCCAAGGCCACUGGGGGCCAAGUCGUUAUUACCAUGGCCGAUAUGGAAGGGGAUGAAUCCUUUGACGAAUCGGCACUCGGCAAAUGCAGAGCAAUUCAGGAAACUCGAGUCGGGGAUGGUGAACUUCUCAAAAUUUUUGGAUGCUCAGGAUCUGGAGCGUCGACCAUUGUAUUGAGGGGUGCCAAUGAAUACCUAUUGGAUGAAAUCGAUCGUUCCCUGCACGACUCUCUGUGUGUCAUUAAGCGUAUGUUGGAAUCAAAUUCCCUCGUACCUGGUGGAGGCGCUGUUGAAACAGCUCUCAAUGUUUAUUUGCAAGAAUAUGCCCUUAAAACACUAGAUACUAGAGAGCAACUGGCAGUGGAAGCUUUUGCAGAUGCUCUGUUGGUAAUUCCAAAGACUUUGGCCGUCAAUGCUGCCAAGGAUGGUGCAGAAUUGGUGAGCAAAUUGAAAUCCAUUCAUUCCAAGUCCCAGAGGCCAGAUUGCGAAAACGAUGAUUUAAAGAAUUACGGUCUGGAUCUUGUUAAUGGUGAAAUUCGAGAUAGCUUGGCUGCAGGCGUCGUGGAACCUGCAAUCUCGAAGAUUAAGAGUCUCCGAUUUGCGACAGAAGCCGCAAUCACCAUUCUCAGAAUUGAUGAUAGAAUUCAGAUUAAUCCAACGGAACAACAAUAAUCAAUGCAUAUUAAUGAAAUUUCACUCUUCGCGAUAUCGAUUGAACUAGCAACCCAUAGGAAACUAUUUGUUUUUAACCACCCGGCAGCUAGAUUUGUUUCACUCCACAGUUUUACUUUGAUAAGGUCUUGGUUGUCCCAUUGGUGCCAAUCAGAAAGACGAUGGUUGUGGAAUCAAUGUUCUAGCGACUG